AUUUCCUGACUACGGCUUCCAAAUGCGAAAAGAUCUCGGACUGACUUUUUUCAAGCUUGCUCGGUCCGAGGAAAAUAAUGAAUGCAGCUUAUUUUAUAAGCAAUACGGAUUCUCUCUUGACUUAAAUAUGCAUUUUAAGACGUGCCCUAUUUAACGUUGGUUCUACAUUACUGUUCGUGUCUCUCCCUAUGCACCAUUUUUCUAGGCUUUGAGCCGGUUCGUGACAAGUGGGGGCUCAUCCGGGAUAUUUGAACUAUUGGUUUGGGAGAACGUGGAGGGUUUUCCUGGACACAGUGGCGCCAUGGGUCAACCAGAGGACCACAGCCAGCUAGCUCCUGGUGUCUCGAAGUUGGGUUCCUCGUCAAAGGAUUCACACCCUCCAUCUUCUCUCAUCCCUGGUGAUUCAACGCGUUAUGAUGUGAUACUGGAACAUCAGUGAGCCAGUGUCUGUGAGAGUGGGAUAGAGCAUGGGAUUGGCCCCCGGAGACAGGAACCAUACUCUUAUUCCUGAGGCUCCCAGGUCUCUGGCCCCUUAGGGCACACAAUACACAGCGAGCAGCUCUGAGGUAAAUUGCGGAGCGGGGCUGAACGUUAUCAUUACUGACCUUUCUGCACAUUGUUUAGCCAGCCUCACCGGUGGUGAUGGAGUCUGAGGAGCCAGAGCUGAGGGAGUGUGAUGAAGCCUUUGAGUCAGAUGAAGGCAAUGUAGAGUCUUACCUGGAAGAGCCAGAGAGCAGCAGGGAGCUCCUGGAGAGGCUCAAGGAGCUGGAGGCUGAGAAUUCAGCCCUGGCCCUUGCGAAUGAAAGCCAGAGAGAAGCCUAUGAAAGGUGUCUGGAUGAGGUGGCCAACCAUGUGGUACAGGCCCUUCUGAAUCAAAAGGACCUGCGGGAGGAGUGUAUUAAGCUGAAGAUGCGUGUGUUUGACCUGGAGAGACAGAACAAAACCCUGACUGAGCUCUUUGCCCAGAAACUACACCCCCAAGCCAGCCAUCUGCAACAGUUGCAGUUGGUGUCUGUCACAGAGCCCAGCACAGAGCCCAGCACAGAGCCCAGCACAGAGCCCAGCACAGAGCCCAGCACAGAGCCCAGCACAGAGCCCAGCACAGAGCCCAGCACAGAGCCCAGCACAGAGCCCAGCACAGAGCCCAGCACAGAGCCCAGCACAGAGCCCCUGACCAUGGACAGUGACAAAUUGCUGGUGUCCAAAAACGAGGGGGAACUCAAGAGCAAUGGGGACCGCACACAGAACGGGUCAGCCACAUCGGCCCGGGCCACUGCCACCUCCAUGGAGGCCCUGUCUCCGUUUUUCAAGAAGAAAGCACACAUCCUAGAGGUCCUGCGCAAGCUGGAGGAGUCAGACCCACUCAAGUUCCACCCCUCCUCCUGCCUGUCCCCCCACCAUGACCUGGGCCAGGCGCCGGUCUCCAUGGUGAGAGACCAGAUAUCCCUGAUGUCCUCUGAGGCGUUACCUGCCCCACAGCGCCCGGUGGCACACCCAUCAUCACGCUGCCACCACUCCAGCUCUGACUCGGACAUUCACGAUUAUGCCAAUGGAGAAGGGGCUCUCCAGGAGGACCAUGCCCAGCUUCAGCAACAACAACACGGGAGAUGUCAGUCCUGCCACAUACUCUCCCAGAAGAGCAGCCUGGACAGCCUGCUGAAGUGUGCCCAGGGCCACAGUGCCUCACACCAGGCCAGAGUGGAGAUCCUUAACAGGCAGGCCUGUGCAGAGGACCAGGGGGCAUCGGCACAGAGCACAACCCCUCCCCAAGCAGCGGCUCUUUCCCACCUCCUCUCUGCUGACAGCACAAACCAGUGCUACAUGCACAAAACAGCUUUGGACUUUCUAGAGCGCACUCCAGAAGGUUCUUCUGAUCCUUUCCUCUCCUUGCCAAUCCAAGCCAACCUCAACGGGAUGCUAGGGCAGGAGCCCAGGAAGUUACAAAAACACACAGACAAGCAUCCAUCCGGCAAACCUCCGCCACAGGCAGAGGUACAGCCCUCUCACGGUGAGGAUAUAAAGCACAUAAAGGCUGUCAUGGCAACGUCGCAGAGCCAGAACGAGGACAGUCUGGAAGAGUGCUGCUACCUGGAAGUAGAGGCAGCGGCACACAAUGUGAACAACAGCCUGCACUCUUCUACCUCACACACAGACCAUGUUGAGACGGAACCAGAAUAUCCCAAGGAGCAGGAAGUGAGUGAUCAGAUCUGCAACGGGCUCUACUUCUCCAAUGAAACAUCCGUCUCCAAGAAGGUGGCGGUGGAAUCUUAUUCUCCAGCCCCAGUCCCUGAGAGGAACAGCUCAGCUCAGGCCCUGAAUCCCUCUGGGAAGAGCAAGCUUGCACUCAGCCCCACCUCUCCCUCUUCAGGUCUGAGUGAAGUCAAGCCCUCCCCUAUCUCCUCCCCGUCCCGGCUGCUCAAGUUCCUGAAGAUCCCUCCGGGGAUCAACCAGGCACAACCAGGUAACCCCCUCCGUCUAAGUCCCCAGCUCACCCGCAGCUCCAAGAUCCCCUGCAGGAACAACAACAACUAUGAGGUGUACCAUUCUCCCGUCCUGACCCGCAAAGCCACCACCACAGAGAGGGAGAAACAGCCAUCCUCAUCCUCCUCCAAAACAGACCCCUACCCUGCCACACUCUCCGCCCCCACCUCCCCACCCAAAUCAGAGGACAUUGUGGACACCCCUCCCAUGGCCAAGGAGAUUGGGUUUGGGCGCAAAGUGGCUGCUGAAAACAGCGACAGCACAAAGGCACCCCCCUCCUCUCAUGCACAAAGGGGCUCUCAGAAGGUACACCAAUACGAGAAUGUCUGCCCCUCAGAUGGGACGCCCCAGUUCCUGGAGGGUCUUAAGAAGUCCCAGUACCUCCCUUACCCCCAACACGAGGGUCCUGUAGAGAAGCAUUGUCAGCAAGAUGAGAGCCGCCUCAGCCCCCCAUCUUCACAGCACCCUGACUCGUCCCCAGGGACGGCUGACCAGGACUUCUCUGACCAGGACACUGACUCAGAAAGCCCCGUCUGGCACAAGCCAAACCAACACUUUAGCCUCCCCUCCUCGUCCUCCUCCGCUGCCAGUAAAGCACAAAGUAGUCACCCCAACUACUCCAGCAUGAGGGACAGGCACCAGGCGCACCGUGCAGCUCCAGAGCCCAGCCAACAGAACUGUGAACCUGCCCAGCCAACUCAGUCUUCAGCCAGGCGAGGUGACCCCAAGAGACUGGUGCAGGGCAAGACUUCCCAGAGUGAGUCCAGUCACCACCCCUUCAAAGAGCGCCUGGCUGCUUUGGGGAAACUGAAGAGCACAGAAGAUCUGCCAGUAGGUGCACAGUCUGUGGACAAGAAGGAUGUACAAAGUAACCUAGGCAAACCCCCCACCAACAAUAUUGAGAAAAGCAAGACCGCUGAAAGGCAAGUUGAGCGAACUGGAGCAGAGCAGCACAGAAAUCAGAAAUCCACCGAUUCCCUGGAUGGGAAGCCCUACCCCAAAACCAGCCUCGACAGUCACACUAGGGUGAUAGGUCCAAUACAUGAAUCGGGCACCAAAUCCUCAGCCACCCCAUCAAUGAUACCCAAGGGAGAGCAGGAGACACUGUUUUCUCCCAGGAUAUAUGUAGCAAAAGCAGAAGGUCCAAAGAUCAAGAUGGGCACAUCAUCCUCCAACACAGAGACUCCUCCAGUGGUGCGGAGCUAUGGGAAAUGCCCCAUCACCCAGAGCCACCACAGUAAAACUGCCCUCAGCCCACAAAACAGCCCCACUAAAGUCCCGUCAAAGUCCCCUUCAAAGGUAGGUCAAGCUUCCUCUUAUCCCAGAGGGGUCAAACCCAUUCCUGAGGACCGUGCCAUGGCUCAGAGAAACCCACUUCGGCCAGAGGACAAAACCAAGCUCCCGGCCGGCAAGAAAAAGACCUUUGGCCAUGCAGAGAGCUUCCCGCCUCCCCCUCUGCCACCACGGCCGUCUACUGAAGCAAUCGCAAAAGAGGACAAAAAGCCGUAUUCGUCUGGCCCAUCCGUGCUCCAGUCUGCCAUUGAGCAGAAGGUAAUGCGUGGCAUCGAGGAAAACAUGCUGAAGCUGCAGGAGCAGGACCAGGGCCAGGUGGCCGAGCCAAAGCAGAAGGCCUCCAAUGGCAUCGCCAACUGGUUCGGCCUGAGGAAGAGCAAGCUCCCGGCCCUCAACCGCAAACCGGAAGUGUCCAAGUUCAAGAUCAACGUGUCAUCGUCUGCCUCUGGCGGAGGGGCUAAGGACCCUAAGACAGGUGGUCCCCAGAAGGUGGUGGAGAGCCUGAACAUCUCCAAGCUGAUGGAGAAGGCAGAGGACCUGCGGAAGGCGCUGGAAGAGGAGCGGGCAUAUGUGAACAGGGUCGGGAUGGACUGCUCUGGCAGAGGCCACUCAUGUGAGGUGGUGAUGGACCAAGCCCAAGGCCAACUGUCACUCAUGUGCAGAGGAUUGACCGCAGAGAACUUCAUGCAGCAGCUCCUCAACAGUCCCUCGACGUCUUGUUCUGGAAACAGGGUGGACAAGAGGAGAACUAUACCUACCACCUUUGGAAUGACACACAGACGCCUCUCCUUUGACUCUAAGAGGUCGCGGCCCAACUUCAGUCACCAGAGGAACGGGAUCAGCCACACCAAGAGCAGGGACGAGAUAGCCCAGGGUUCGGUUAUGAUCGGCACGGGUGAGGUCACAUCAGAAGACAGCUUGGCAGAGUCCAUUAGUGCUCAGCAUUUUACAGGUUCUGGGGCCUCCAUGCGCACCCUCGACAGUGGCAUUGGCACAUUCCCCAUGCCAGACUACGCCAGUAGCAUGGCAGGGAAGAGCGUCCCUAAGGGGAAGCCACAGGGAGAGCAAGGGUUUUCUUGCUCCCAGGGUAAGCAUGGGGCCAUGAUGAAGGUUCUGCGUAAGGCCCAUACAUUGGAGAGAGAGCUGUCAUCUCUGGAUGAAGACAACCCGUUUGUCCUGUAUGGCUCCGGGCUGGAGGGAAAAGGUACCAACAUGCACCUGUCUAGUACAAUCCACAAGGAUAUAGAUGCCUAUGGAGCUCAUAUGCAAAAUCCCCUCACCAAGAACUGGACCUUUCCCAAUCUGAAAGGCUCUGCAGAAGCCACUGAUGUUUACCUGGAUGUGCAGGGAGACCUGGGGACCCCAUCCAGAAGGAGUUUGAAACAGUGUUCCCCCCAGCACCCUCUGGCCACUGACCCAGGCAGCCUCCCCCUGCCACUCCAGACAGGGCUCAGCCAGCGGGGUAAGGGGCGGACGCCCAGCGCCUCGGAGGUGGGGAAGGACGGAGGGCUGGAGCUAGUGAAGGAGAGACCAGAGGACCUCCUGUCCCUGAGAGAGACGCCUGAAUCCCUCAGUGACUCCCUCUACGACAGCCUGUCCUCCUGUGGCAGCCAGGGCUAGGACCCAGGGACAGAUAGGGGAACAGAGGGAGAGCUGGACCAACCGACACCCUUUAAACCACGGCUAAUGAUGCACAUCCAUCCCUCCUUGUAAUGGUGGCCCAGCCCAUAAGGCAGACCAAGUUGAAGUACCUCCUUCCCUCUUCCACACACACAGCUCUCUCUGCUGACCCGGUCUACUUUGCUGAGAUUUGGUUAGUACUGCUGGAAAACUCACCCUCAGGUUGACUGAUGUUCACACACACACAUCAUUUGUGAAACUAGACUGAGAAUUGGGCACUGUUGUUCUCCAAGCAACAAGCAUCUGAUGACAGACCAGCUCAACUCAAAUGUGUACACACACCGACGAGAUGCAUGGGAAAAUAACACGUUCAAGACAGCCACACGAUCACCAUGGUCUGGAUAAUCUGAAGAAUUGUUGUUAAAUAACUUAACCAGGCUCCUGAGGUCGGCCCCAAGAAGUGGCUGGUAUCAGGGGUUUUUCAAGUCUGUCCUGGAUGUGGACAUGUUUCAGUCUAGGAAAAUUGGGCAGCCAUUAAUGCCAGAAAACAACCACAUUUUACUGCCCACUAAAUAUGUCGCAAUGCGGGGAUCGACUAUAAUAAACUUCCCUGUUUUCAGUUAUGUUUUUUUAACUGUUGUGCUUUGUUACAUGUUAUGUAUCAUGUAAUUUUAAGUUAAAUAAAAAAGUGUGGGUAUGAAUGGAAGGAUGUGUGUGUGUGUGUGAGACUUAAUGCAGGGUCUCCACACUAGCUAUGACUAUGUCAAUGAGCUUCUGACCGGGGAAAAGAAGUUCACACUUUCUCUGAAGCUGCCAUAUAGUGUACUGUUUCACAACCUACUGUAACAUAUAGUGGCAAAUCAUGACAACAGCCAUUAUAUUACACUUAUGACCAGACAUUACCUAGUACUGUAUGUGUUAUGGACAAUGAAAUGCGAAGAAUCUCAACCAAGAGUCAAAUGUUUUACAUGUGUUUAAUCCAUUGUCAGACUGUUUUACGUAGUGAAACAUUUAUCAGGAAUAAUGCCAUUAUAACAGCAUUAUAUAGGCAGCCUGUGAAUGCGCCAUUAACAAUGAAGUUCUAAACUGAGCUGCUAUUUAAUACUCAAAAUAGUUUGACAAGCUGAAAGAGUGAGUAAGUAACACGAUCCAUCCACCUUUUAUGUACUAUAAACUGAGUUGGCAUACAUGAGCCAGGAUUCAAUUUAAGACGAGUUAAAGAACAGCGUACUUUAACAGACUUUUUAAAGGUAAUUUGUGCUUAACCUGUCAGGCACAGCGUUUCCCAUGAAUGCGACCUAUGUGAAUGUCUGGGGAAAAUGCCUUUAAAAGGCUCAUUGUCGGCUGUUUAGUCCACUGCUCUAUAACGCACCCUGCCAAAAAUCUUGUUUGGCACAAGUUCCAUAUUUAUCCUGCCAGAAACGAUUGAACCGAUAACUCUACUUUGUCUAAAAUGCUCCACUAAAGCAAAAAGAUGGAUGUAGGCCUGCCUUGUGAAGAAGUAACGAUCCAGCCCCACUGAACAGAGUAGUUGCUUACUUCUGCAAUAUGGGCCAAUGUUUGCCUUUAACAGGCACAGACAGACACGCAUUCAAUCAAUUUACUGUUGUACAAUUAAGAAAGACAAAAUGUCUGUGCUAUAGGAAUGUUAGACAUGGAUCAUUGUACGAUCACCAUUGCUGUACUGCAGAUGCUACACCAUGAUGUACACGCAAGUGUUUUGGCAGGCUUACAGAUAUGUUGCAGGAGGAAGAAGAGUAUGGUUUCUAAACACAUUUAGCAUUCGUAAGAAUCAGAAAUUAUCCUAAUCGAGAAGUGCUGUAUUUAAAUGUAUUUCCUAAAGUGCACUACUCUGGUUAAAAGUAGUGCGCUAUAUAGGAAAUGUGGUUCCAUUUGGAAUGCACCCCUUGUUUAAACAGCCACUUCAGAACAGCACCAAGAGACACUAAGAAGGACAUGGACUCCUCCCUCCCAGCCCAUGUACUUGAUUAUGUCCUCAUAAGUAGUUCCAUCCGCUUCAUAACUCCCCACAAACUUCUUCAGGGAUAAGACAUCCUUGUGCUUCCAAACUCUGCUUUCAGAAGCAUGUGAUCUUUCCAAACUGACAUGGAUUUGACUUUUCUCGAGUUCACAUUUUUUCAUAAUCCCACUUUGAACAUUGCUUGUCCUUCAGCCCCCCCCUUGGAGUUAACAUAAUAACUACUGUGUUAUACCAUGGAAAUGGAGAUCUGACUGUUACUGUAUAUACCCUUCUCUGUGAGAACAGAUAGAUUUGAGUUGAAGAGGUUGUCUUCCAGAAUAUCUGCUACCGUUCCAGCCUUUCAACCCCAUCUGAAUCAUAGCUAAAUGAAAAACAAGUGUGUGACAUGAAGCCCAUUCUCUUUUACAAUCAUCUCAUAAUAAAAAUGUUUCCAUGGGACGUAUUUAACACUAUCAUUUUGUCUUGGAUUACUGUGUUCUACGUUGCGACCAAACCAUAUACAACUAAAUAACUAACCAGCUACAGUACUUCAGAUGGUAGCAUUUUUCAUUCCACCAGAUUCCAUUGGAAGUUACUGGGAGAUCCAUAGGUAGCUACAUGUUAACACCAUGGUAACACACGUAAUCUAUCUGCAGGGAAGCCUUUAUGGACUCCCUCUCUGUCAGUCAAACAUGGGUCUUAGCAACACCAUACACCUUAACUAUGGCAAUGCUGACCAAGAUGGAGUGGCAUAGACGUGAAAUCUUUACUUAAUAUGUUUGCUUUAUGGACUCAAUUUAUCUCACUUCAUUCAAAGAGGUUGUUGCAGCUCUAUCUAUUUGUUGUAUUUAUUUAUUUAUGUUUGAGGGCAAAUCAUAAUCAAUGAACUUUUUGUUAUUGUUGAUGUUGUUGACAUUGUUGUUAGACGUUUUUAUUCUGAUACCGAUUUAUUUUUGUACUAUACUCCUAUUUAAUUAAAGUUAUUUUUUUUCCAUGA